AGGUGGAGGGCUGAGCGCCCCAUGAGCACACAGGUGUUUCUCAGUAGUAAUUAGAUUGCUGUGCAGGAUAAAAUACACCUCUGAGUUUUUACCUGUGAGCACAAUAGCGCUGAGAGAGACAAACUGAAAGCAAAGAGGAAAACAUCGAUCAGUCACACCAAGAAAUACCCAAGUUGAAAGUUUUCUGGUUUUUUUUUUUUUUUUUUUCCUGUUUCAUUUUUCCCCUGUGUGUCACUACUAUGGUCAGAAAGCCUGUUGUGUCCACCAUCUCCAAAGGAGGUUACCUGCAGGGAAAUGUUAACAGAAGGCUGCCUUCCGUGGGCAGCAAAGACCCACCUGGGCAGGAGAAAGUGGUGUUGAAGAAGAAAAUCACAUUACUGAGGGGAAUCUCCAUCAUCACUGGCACCAUUAUUGGAGCAGGAAUCUUCAUCUCUCCUAAGGGCGUGCUCCAGAACACAGGCAGCGUGGGCAUGUCUCUGACUAUCUGGACGGUCUGUGGGGUCCUGUCACUAUUUGGAGCCUUGUCCUAUGCUGAAUUGGGAACAAGUAUAAAGAAAUCUGGUGGUCAUUACACAUAUAUUCUGGAAGCCUUUGGUCCAUUACCAGCUUUUGUACGAGUCUGGGUGGAACUGCUCAUAAUACGAGAGUUUAAUAGAAAUAACUGGGGAAACUUGCUCUUACUGUCAAUUUAUCAGGCGUACGUAGCUGAGAGUUCACCUGUAGUGAUGGUCCUAAAUAGCAUGAGUGUCAGCUGGAGUGCCCGGAUCCAGAUUUUCCUAACCUUUUGCAAGCUCACAGCAAUUCUGAUAAUUAUAGUCCCUGGAGUUAUGCAGCUAAUUAAAGGGCAAACACAGUACUUUAAAGACUCAUUUUCAGGAAAAGAUGCAAAUAUUAUGGGGUUACCCCUGGCUUUUUAUUAUGGGAUGUAUGCAUAUGCUGGCUGGUUUUACCUCAAUUUUGUUACUGAAGAAGUGGAAAACCCUGAAAAAACCAUCCCCCUUGCAAUUUGUAUAUCCAUGGUCAUUGUCACCACUGGCUAUGUGCUAACAAAUGUGGCCUACUUUACCACCAUUAGUGCUGAGGAGCUGUUGCUUUCAAAUGCAGUGGCAGUGACCUUUUCUGAGCGGCUACUGGGAAAUUUCUCAUUAGCAGUUCCGAUCUUUGUUGCCCUCUCCUGCUUUGGCUCUAUGAAUGGUGGUGUGUUUGCUGUCUCCAGGUUAUUCUUUGUUGCAUCUCGAGAGGGUCACCUUCCAGAAAUCCUCUCCAUGAUUCAUAUCCGCAAGCACACUCCUCUGCCAGCUGUUAUUGUCUUGCACCCUUUGACAAUGAUAAUGCUCUUCUCUGGAGACCUCUACAGUCUUUUGAAUUUCCUCAGUUUUGCCAGGUGGCUUUUUAUUGGGCUGGCAGUUGCCGGGCUGAUUUAUCUUCGAUACAAAUGCCCAGAUAUGCAUCGUCCUUUCAAGGUACCACUGUUCAUUCCAGCUUUGUUUUCCUUCACAUGUUUCUUCAUGGUUGCACUGUCUCUUUAUUCGGACCCAUUUAGCACAGGAAUGGGCUUCAUCAUCACUCUGACUGGG